AUUUUAAUUGCAAACGUAUAGCUUUGGGAAAAAGUGGCUCUGGCUCCCUCGCUGUCCCUGUUACCUGUAUUACCAAAUCAAACACGCAGAUUUUUCUUUAUAGUACAUCUCCCUACGGUCUCUAUCCAACCAGUCAUCCUGCAUCUCUUGAUGAACCUUGCCCUCGCGUUUUCGCAACCAUUCAUUUCGAUUUCUGCUUCCACGACAAUCCUCUUUCAACACUCCAAGAUCUCCCUGUUCCUGUUUCCUGUCGGUGACUUCUCUCCUUCCGUUGUAUCUGUUUUAUUUUCUUUAUUAUACUUUAAUUAAAUCUGCUUUUCCUUUCAUUUAAUUGUUAGAUCAAUAGAAGUCUUAAAUACCCACAUCCCAUUUCUUCCUAUGAAGUCCUUUUCUAGCUCAUAUCCUGUUAUAAUUUCCACAAAUGCAUCUGCCAUUGCCAUAAUAUUUUAAGAUCUACUGAUUUUAACUUCUGGGUAUUUGUUAUUUACAUAAAAUCAGAACCCUCUUCCAAAAGGAAAAAAAAUGUCAGCAAUUAGAUUUGAUUCCACUAGACAAUACUAUGCUACAAGCAGUUUGGUCAUUGGUUAUGCACUUUGUUCAAGCUUACUUGCUGUCAUCAACAAAUUUGCAAUAACUAAAUUCAACUACCCUGGUUUAUUAACUUCAUUACAGUACUUAACUUCGGCUCUUGGGGUCUGGGUUUUAGGCAAGUUUGGGUUUUUACAUCAUGAUCCUUUCACAUUGGAUAUUGCCAAGAAGUUUUUGCCUGCUGCUAUUGUCUUUUACCUUGCAAUCUUCACAAACACCAAUCUUUUGCGUCACGCAAAUGUGGAUACUUUUAUAGUGUUUAGAUCCUUGACACCCCUUUUGGUUGCCAUAGCCGAUACAGCCUUUAGGAGGCAACCAUGCCCGUCAAAGCUAACAUUUAUGUCUCUGUUGAUCAUUCUGGGUGGUGCUGUUGGGUAUGUGGCUACUGAUUCGGACUUUACUUUAACUGCGUAUUCGUGGGCGUUUGCAUAUUUGGUGACAAUUACUACUGAGAUGGUUUAUAUUAAGCAUAUGGUGAUGAAUCUUGGGUUGAACACUUGGGGUUUUGUAUUGUACAACAACUUGUUAUCAUUGAUGAUGGCACCCAUAUUUUGGGUUUUGACUGGAGAAUACACAGAGGUGUUCGCUGCUUUGGGAGCCAAUGCUGGGAAUUGGUUUGAACCUGUGGCGUUUACUGCAGUAUCUUUGUCAUGCUUGUUUGGUUUGCUCAUCAGUUUCUUUGGUUUUGCGGCUAGGAGGGCUAUCUCUGCCACAGCAUUUACCGUGACUGGUGUGGUUAAUAAGUUUCUUACAGUUGUGAUCAAUGUGUUGAUUUGGGAUAAGCACGCUACUCCUUUUGGUUUGGUUUGCCUCCUUUUCACACUGGCAGGAGGGGUUCUUUAUCAGCAGUCAGUUACUGGACCACCACGUGAGUUAACCACACCCAAGCAGACAAAUGAUGAGAAUGAGAAUGAUGAUGUUGAAGAGAAUCAAGGAAAGAGUAUGUUGGGUAAACAUGCUUCUAUAUGAUAAUUUUUAUUUUUUACUUUUCAUGGUUUUAGCCUCUGAAGAAGACUGUUGGGAUGUAUGAAUCUCUAGUAUCCGUAAUUUUGGAAGGACCUUUUCUGUGUUAGAUCUCACAAUCCCAUAUUUUAGAAUUUAAACAUGGUAAGCCCUUAGCUAUUUGGUAAUUUAUAAACCAUUGUGCUUUUGGCUCAUUAUUGACAAUAUGUUGGCAUUCUUUGUUGCUUCAUGUAUUAGUAGUUGCAGUUUUGCUAUAUAUGGUAUUUGGCUCAUCAGAAUUGAGGAAUA